UUUAGUAUAUUUUAAGUAAACACGAUUUUUUGUCAACUGUACGUAAAUAUAAAUUUUAUAUAAUAAAUAUUAAUAUAUAUACGUAUAUACUAUAAUAUACAAAAUAACAAUUAUACAUAUAUAUUAUAAUUAUAUAAUAAUACAAAAAUUUUGGAUUAACUUUAUAUUUUUUUGAGCUGAAAGUGAGAUCUUGCCAAAGCUAGUGCCAUGAAAGAAAAAAGUAAAAAUGCAGCUAGAACAAGAAGAGAAAAAGAGAAUGCAGAAUUUUUUGAGUUAGCAAAAUUAUUACCAUUACCCUGUGCAAUUACGUCACAAUUAGAUAAAGCAUCAAUAAUCAGAUUAACAACAUCAUAUUUAAAAAUGAGACAAAUAUUUCCAGAUGGUUUGGGAGAAGCAUGGGGUUCCCAACCAAUGCAAAGGAGUGAUGCCAUAAAAGAACUCGGAUCUUAUUUAUUACAAACUUUAGAUGGUUUCAUAUUUGUAGUUGCCCCUGAUGGUAAAAUUAUGUAUAUAUCCGAAACAGCUUCAGUACAUCUCGGUCUUAGUCAGGUAGAACUUACAGGAAAUUCAAUUUAUGAAUAUAUACAUGCCUUUGAUCAAGAUGAAAUGAAUGCUAUUUUAUCAUUUCAACCUCAUAUUUAUUCAAAUUCAGAAUCUUUAUUAAAUUUUAUUCAUUCCCCUAAUUCAAACCGAAACGUAUACAACCACCAGAGCGAUAGAGCUUCCAAUACGAUUGAAAUAGAAAAAACAUUUGUUCUACGUAUGAAAUGUGUCUUAGCAAAACGAAAUGCUGGACUAACGUCUUCCGGAUAUAAGGUAAUCCAUUGUUCUGGUUAUCUUAAAGCUAGAAUAUAUCCAGAUUAUGGGGAUGGUCAAGGCGGUUGUAUACAAAAUUUAGGUUUAGUAGCUGUUGGUCAUUCAUUACCACCUUCAGCUAUAACAGAAAUCAAAUUACACCAAAAUAUGUUUAUGUUUAGAGCUAGUAUGGAUUUAAAAUUAAUAUUUUUGGAUGCAAAAGUAUCACAGUUAACAGGAUAUGAGCCUCAAGAUUUGAUUGAAAAAACUCUUUAUCAAUAUAUUCAUGUGUCAGAUGUUAUACAUAUGCGAACUUCUCAUCAAAUAUUAAUGUAUAAAGGACAAGUAACAACAAAAUAUUAUCGUUUUUUAACAAGAGGGGGAGGUUGGGUAUGGGUUCAAUCAUAUGCUACUGUAGUACAUAAUACUCGAUCAUCUCGUCCUCAUUGUAUAGUUAGUGUCAAUCAUGUACUAAGUGAAGUAGAAGCCAAGGACUUGCUAUUAAAUGAAAUUCAAGGAAAUAUAAAAAUAGAACCAACACAAGAUUAUACUAAUUUAAGAACAAGUUCUACUUCAACUGCAUCUACACCACAAAUUUCAAUAAAAUCAUCUGCUAGUACACCUAAAGUAGAAUCGCCUCAAAAUCCCACAGCUCAUGUACAACUACAUCAACAGCAACCACCUCAAAUUCAACAACAUCAUAUUGUACAACAGCAUCCAGUUCAACAUCUUCCACAACAACAAGUUCAACCACAACAACAAAAUCUUCAAACGUCUCACCAUUGUUUUAGCAAUAGCCAAAUUUAUGAUGACAACUUUUCAGCUAGUAUACAUCACCAUCAUAAUCAUCCGCAACAAAGUGAUAAUCACCAUCUUAGUCACCAUCACCAUCAACCAGAACAUCACCAUACGCAACAGCAUUACCCUAUGAAUGAUGUGAAAACCGUGAAUUCAAUUCAAUUAACUAAAGAUUUUGAUGAAAUUAAUUAUUAUAAUAACCACCAUUAUUACUAUGAUUCUUCUUCUGUUGAUGCUUGUGUAAUGAGACCAUUUUCUGCUAAUUCAAACAGUUGUAGCAGCUCUGAAAGUGAUCCACAAGCGUCAUUGAGUAGUCAUGGUAUUGAAACUUCACCAACUGGCCAAAUAAAUUAUGCAGAUCAUUUAGGACAUACAAAUUACAAUAUGCAUUUUCCAACAAAUGGACUGGUACAUCAUCCUCAAACCAAUACCAAUAGUGCUACAGAUUUUUGUGGAAAUUUUAAAAAUUCUUCAAUGAUAAAUUCAACUUCUCUUACAGCUGCAACAGCGGCACAUUAUACCAGUGUUAUUGUUGAACCAACGACGCAACCAUUUAUGGCAAAUGAAUUUGUUCAUUGAUAAACAUUAAUUUAAUAUACAAUAUAAGUGAUGACAUUAAAGUGAUCAAUUACAAAUUCAAACAAAUACGAAGAUUCCCUUUUGUGCUCUAUCCCAAAAAGAAAGUCUAAAGUUGUUGGUUUUUUAUAUAAAAAAAAAGUUUAUACUUAAAUAUUUAUACAUAUAUAUAAAUGUAUGUACUAGGUUUAAGAAUAAAGUAAUUAUAUAUUGAAUAAGUUAGUUAUGAAUUGUAAAUCUGUAAGUAAUUAUAAGUACAUAUUAAUAUAUUAAAAAAAACAAAUAUAUAAUGUUCGAUAAUUUAUUAAAAAUA